GGGAGAAGACGAGGAGAGCAAGAUGGCGGCCUGAGCGCAGGAUGGAGGAGGGUCAGCUGGCCUCGUCAUCCGCCGCCGGCCAGGAGGACCCCCCGGGACUGGCGGGACCCCCCCGGCUCCUACUGCUCCCCCCAGAGCCCGACCCCCCCGAGGGGCCCCCCAAAAAACGGCCCCGAGAGAACCCCGAACCCGGGACCGUCCGCCUGGAGGAGCGACUGUACGGCGUCCUGUGCUGCACCGUCUGCCUGGACCUCCCCAAGGCCUCAGUGUACCAGUGCACCAAUGGGCACUUGAUGUGUGCUGGCUGUUUCAUCCACCUCUUGGCUGAUGCCCGGCUGAAGGAAGAGCAGGCCACGUGUCCGAACUGCCGCUGUGAGAUCAGUAAGAGUCUGUGCUGCAGGAACCUGGCCGUGGAGAAGGCGGUCAGUGAGCUGCCGUCUGAGUGCGGCUUCUGCGUCAAGCAGUUUCCUCGCUCUCUGCUGGAGAGACACAAGAAGGAGGAGUGUCAGGACAGGGUGACCCAGUGUAAAUAUAAACGGAUUGGGUGCCCGUGGCAGGGCCCAUUCCAUGAGCUCACUGUGCACGAAUCUGAGUGCUGUCACCCCACUAAAACAGGCAGCGAACUGAUGGAGAUUCUGGGGGAGAUGGAUCAGACUCACAAGAAAGAGAUGCAGUUAUACAAUAGCAUCUUCAGCCUGUUGAGCUUUGAGAAGAUUGGUUACACAGAAGUCCAGUUCCGCCCGUACAGGACAGAUGACUUCAUUACCCGUUUGUACUAUGAAACUCCUCGGUUUACAGUGCUCAACCAGUCGUGGGUGCUGAAAGCCCGCGUUAAUGAUUCUGAGAGGAACCCCAACUUAUCAUGCAAGCGCACCCUGUCCUUCCAACUCAUCCUCAAAAGCAAGAUCAACUCCCCCAUGGAGUGCUCCUUCCUGCUGCUCAAAGGUCCAUACGAUGAUGUCAAAAUCCACCCAGUCAUCUACCACUUUGUGUUCACAAAUGAGAACAAUGAGACGGAGUACGUCCCACUGCCCAUCAUAGACUCUGUGGAGUGUAACAAGCUGCUGGCUGCAAAGAAUAUCAACCUGCGCCUCUUUAUAUUUCACAUCCAGAAAUGAGCCUGCCACGUUCACCUCACCUGUCUCCAUCACGUUCCUUGUUCCAGGAGGAGAGGGUUGGCUUUCUCUGUCAGUUGGAGUUUGCAUGUAAAUGAAAAUCCUGAUUGUUUGGUCCCAGGAGUGCAUUGAUACCUCGCAGGCUUCCAUAGACUGGCCCUCGGAAUCGUUUAUUUUUGUCCUAUCCUAUUUUACUGGCUCACUUCUAUUUUUGUUUGUUUUCUCCUCUUCUCAUGUCUUGGCUAAUUCACUCUCCUUCUCUACAUGUAUUGUUUGUUUUUCUUUUAACUUUUUUUAAUUUAUGCUUCCCCUUUAGAAAGGUUUCCCUCCUGAAGCCCACGGUUCCCUUUCCUUCCUCUCGGCCGGCUAGGAGCAAGGCUGAACCAUGGCCUAGAUAGAAAUUUUAUUUAUUUACAGGUUAUUUUAUGUCUUUUAGUGAAUGGAAGGAAUUGUAGUAGUAAGCUGGUAUCCCUCUCCGCAUGGUAAUCUGAGUAAUAAGUCGUUCCCAUGUAACUACAGCAGUAUUUAAGGUUCUAAAGCCACCCCCAUCCCCUGGGCGCUCAGGUUGAGUCAAGCUGUAGCAAGAUCUGAUAUAAAACGCAAGGCUAAACAUACAUUUUGGUUUACAGAGGCACAAUGGCUGCUUGUAUGAGCUGUAUGGAUGUUUUUUUGGGGAGUUUGACAGACUCUGAAUAUGAGCAGUAUUGUCAAUGCUCAGACUGCAGUAACCAUUUUCCAUAAAUCCCCAAAUCUCUCACUGUAUGCCCCACUAUUUAUUACAUUUACCCAAGCUCUUGGUGCGAUGUGUGAAGCCAGUUGUAUCUCUGGAACUGAAAGGGGACUGUGCUGCUUUAUUAAUUGGCAUAACUCCACUUCUAUAUAAUGAAGCCAUCAUCCUGAUAUUGAGGGCUUUAUUCAAUAUAUUGGUGUUUUAUGGAUUGUCCGAAUGGCAGUCUUUUCAUACAAUGCGAUUUGCAGGAAGCGGUCGUGUUACUCCACACACGCAUGAUACGCUUGCUUGCAGUCCUGGCUGUACUGUAUGGGUGUGUGUAAAUAAUAUACGAUGAUUAUUUUAUUAUACACAGAGCUAUGUGAACUGUGUCUCCAUAUCUGCUCCAUGUUCUUUUCUGAUCUAUCCCCAAACGAACCUUUCCUCUAUUUACACGGUUACCUGGCACAGAGCUAACCAUGCGCUGUGUUUGCGGAGAUGAUGGGAUAUCUGGGCAUCUGCUUGUAGGUCAGCCUAUGUUCAAACCUGUUUUGUUUCUGGCCAAGAAACUGAUUAAAAUGGUUCUAGUUAACUGCUCGGCCGAGCUCUGGGUUUGGUUUUCUCUUCUUUUCAAUAAAAUGUGUGUGAGUGAG